AUGGCCGGAACCGAUUCUUUUGUUCACCUUGCUCGCCCUCUGGGCCCAGCAACAGUGGGGUCUGCACCAUCGACCGCUCCUUUGAACGUCGUUAUCCAGCCUCAGGCGCUUUUCUCCAUCCUGGACCAUUCCCUCCGUCGCAACGCCGACCAGGAGCGUGUCAUCGGAACCCUGCUUGGAACGAGAUCUGAAGAUGGAACCGAGGUGGAAAUCCGCAGCACCUUUGCUGUCGGACACACAGAGACGACAGACCAAGUCGAGGUGGACAUGGAGUACCAGAAGCAGAUGCUCGCGCUGCAUCUCAAGGCCAACCCGAAGGAAUUCCUUGUCGGGUGGUACGCCACAUCGUCCGAGUUGAACACCUUCUCCGCUUUGAUCCAGAACUUCUACAGUGGCCAAGGUGACGGUACCUGGCCUCACCCCGCUGUUCACCUGACUGUCUCUACGGAACCCGGGAAGGACAUCGAGACCCGUGCCUACAUCUCCGCCCCCGUCGGCGUGACUGCUGAGCGGGCCGCCGACAGCGCCGCUUUCGUUCCCGUCCCUUAUGAGAUCCGGUAUGGUGAGGCUGAGAAGAGUGGAUUGGAGGCUGUCGCCAACGCCAAGGACGCAGAGAACCGGACCGCCAACAUCUUCACCGAUAUCGAGGCUUUGGAGCGCGCAGUCGAGGAGGUUAUUGGCAUGAUCGACCGUGUCUCGAGAUACGUUGAGUCUGUUAUUGACGAAGAGGCUCCUGCUUCGACAGCACUGGGCCAGUUCCUUCUCAACGCUCUCGCGUUGGCACCCAAGGUGGAGCCGGCUGACAUUGAACGCGACUUCAACAACCACAUCCAGGACGUCCUGGUGGUGUCCUACCUUGCCAACACCAUCCGCACCCAGAUGGAUCUCUCCAACCGGUUAGCCACCGCCCAGCUUACCCUUGGUGGUGGAGAGGGAUCCGGAGAAGGUCAACAGCGCGGCCAACGAGGCGGCAAAGGAAACCGCGGUGGGCAGCAACGGAUUCAAGAGCGUGGUGGUGAAGAAGCCCGCGCGUAA